UAAUCGAACAGGUCUAAUCGAUUAAGUUGAUUCAAUGAAAGGUGGAGAUCGAUGAAGAUGAAUCAUUUUGCGGGAUACAUUUAAUCGAUUAAUCAUUCAUCAAUAUUACCGACCCUAGGCUGUGCUGGGUGAAGAAAAAGAAGUGCUAAAACAACAGAGUGUAGAGACGGGAGCAAAGAAGAAAAAGAAGAGAACGACGACGACGAAUUGUGGCAUCGUGUUCUAUCGCGAUUGGGUAACUUGCACGCGCGACAUGGUCGAAUGAGCGAUGGCAUCGUGGUGUUCGGAAUAUGUUGUGUGCUGCGAGUCGUCCACGUGUGCGGAGCUUGUGCCCAAAACGAAGUGGUGGCGGGACAAGCGGAUCAGAAGAGAGACGGCGGCCAUCAGCGAACGACAUCGGACGUGGCUGACAUACCUGGACACCCCCAACUAUCCGAACGAUUCAAAGCCGGCGGCAGGAGCGAGGUCGGAGGCGACCUGGCAUUCCGGGAUUACCAGGAACCAGCUGGCGAGAUCCAGGGCGACUGUGCGGCCGAGGACAGCGGAGAGCGAGGCCCGGGCAUAUAUGGGUGCCUGUGCCAACCGCCAGCGAACCCUGACCCACGACCUUGCACGCAUCGUAGCCGACCCCGUCUUCGUCAUCCGCGACCUCACGCCCUCGAUGUCUCCACCAGCCAGAGCCAGCCCUAACCACGCCACAUCUGCCCGUUCGAUGCCCGUGAGCCUACAUAUGCUCGCGCUUGGUGCCUGUGUCAACCGCCAGCGAACCCUGACCCAGGACCUUGCACACGUCGUCGCCGCCCCCGUCUUCGCCACCCGCCACCUAAAGCCCUUGAUGUCUCCACCAGCCAGAUCCAGCACAAACCACGCCACACCUGCCUGUCCAAUGCCCGUGAGCCUACAUAUGGUUUCUAAGGCGAUGGCACUGCCGGAUUUGCAGCACACAGUUCGACCCCUGGGGAUCAGGGAAUGGCCAUACACGGUCGCCUUGGAGGCGGGCCUGGUCUAUACGGCUUGCCACGUGGUCUGGUACAUAUUCACCCAGACUGGCCACAAGUCGUUCACCCACUUCCGUCUCACUUGCUGCGAUGCCUUCCCUUACUCUCACGAAGGGUGCAUGGCGAACGACGAGGGCGCCAACAACGUUCGAGCAGUGCCACACGUGGACGAGGGCGCCCUCGGAUGA